AUGACCGUGGGGGCAUUUAAGGAGCGAGAGCCCUGGGGUGCCCACUCCCAGGAGAGCACCUCCCUCAGGAGGCAGCAUCUCCCCUGGGUGCCCAUGGCAGGUCUACGGCAGAGGACGCCGAAGAUGCCCAUGGAUGAGGAGGCGAGAGCCCACCCCCAGUCCGCCGACAGGCCGCAGAGCCUGCAGAGGAGGCGCCAGGACCCCCACGCUGGUCCCCAGGAGUGGCACGGCUGGCCCAGUAGCACAAUCAGAGGGGCGGCAGGAGACUCAGCCGGCGACCUGCAGAACACGUCUCCUGCCCCGGCACGGCUCACGGAUGCCGAGCUGGCAGCUUCUGCCCUGGCCGGAGCUCCUGAGAAAGAGGGGCAGCAUGCUCCUGGGGCACAAGAGGACGCCAAGGCACCAGCUUCUCCUGUCCUGGGCGAGCAGGCCGGAGCAGCAGAGGCAGAGAGCCAGGCACCUGCCCCACACAGCCCCGCAGACUAUGACGCAGCUCUGUGGGAGACAGCCCGGUGCCUCGUGAGUGAGGUCGUGGGCAAGGCUUUCUCUGGGAGCUGGGGACCCAGGCAGCAGCCGGCGCCACAGCAGGACCUGGCACAAAGCAUGGAUGUGGCAACGGCAGCAAGAACACCUGCAGGGCCCCAGGACACUGAGUCUCCCUUGGCUGGAGAGCCUCAGGGAGAGGCCAGCACAGCCCCUCUCGUCCCAGCGGCAUGCCAGGAUGGAGAAAACAUGGCUUCUCCCAUCUCUGGAGACCAUCAAGGAGAGGCCAGCACAGCUAUUGUCUCCCCAGCAGCGCACGAGGAUGAAGGGGCUUCUCCAUUGCCUCAAAAGGCUCCGGCAGACAUUGGCACAGCCCACCUUGCCCCAGCAGCGGACAAUGAAGGAGACCCAGUGGCUUCUCCCUUGGCUCGGGACCCGCACCAACAGGUAGCCAGCACCGGGCAUCCCAAAGUGCCGGAGACAGCCGCAGCGCCCGGGCUGUGUGCAGCUGGGAGAUGCCUCUCCGUGUCAUCCCGCUGACAUCCCUUCAAUCCCCUGCCUUUGCUCUUGCUCUCCCCAUGCAGGUGGCCUCAGAGCACAGAGGCGACGCACAGCUCUCCUCCGCCUCCAGGGACAUGCCCGAGGAUGACCCAGGUAUGUCCGCGAGUUGAGCGCUGCCCCGGCAAGGGCAGGCCUGGCCCGGCUGUCCCACAAGAGGAGCAGCGCCCCGCUGCCAGCACCAGGCAGGUCCCCGGAGAUGGCGGCUGGCCCUGA